CUCCACAUACCAGCCUCCUCUCACUCACUCACCACCUAGCAGCCCGUAUAGUGAUGAUGUUGCACCUGUCUUCAUCGCUCUCCUCUGAAUCAUCACGGAUGCUGAAUGGAAUAUUUUGACGUCAAUUAUUUCUAAUUGGUCUUAAAAGUUCUAAGAACGCCGACGGUCAAUAUUAGAUGACGCGUCAUUUUGCGAGCAUGAGGUUUUCUUCUGACUGACGCGAAUCGCCUGCGGUAUUUUAGUACCAGCAGUGUUUUUGAAAGUGGACAGAUAAGCAUGGACUAAUCGUUGUGAUUAUUUUCCAUUCAUGAUGGGACCAUUCAAACUUUAUUUUUUGUACAGUACAUUUGCCAUCUUCCCAGCUCUAGGCUUUGGUGUCGAUCCAGAACUCCGCAUCAACGUAUUCGAUGAACUGAAGUUGGGAGAGUCUUACGCUGGAGUUUUUCAAGUUCAGGGGUUCCACAAUGAGAGCAGAGCCUUUCUUUUCCAAGACUCAUGGAGGAACGUGAGGGUGAAGGAGGAUGUAGCAGAGGUGAUGCUCCAGAAGCUGAGAGACAAGACAGAGUUCACUGUGCUGGUCACUCUGAAGCAGGAGAGACUCAACUCUGGAGUCCUGCUCUCCAUACACUAUGCAGAACACAGGUAUCUGGAGUUGGAGAGCAGUGGGCAGCGUAAUGAGAUCCGUCUCCACUACCGUACCAGGGGCCAGCGGCAACACACUGAGGGGUUCCCCUACUCCCUGGCAGACGACCGUUGGCACAAGCUGUCUGUGGCCGUCAGUGUCUCCCACGUGGUGCUGCACGUCGACUGUAACAGGAUCUAUGAGAGGGUGAUAGAGAAUCCGUCUAUGGACAUUCCCUCUGACACCACCAUCUGGCUCGGACAGAGGAACCAGGCCCAUGGAUACUUCAAGGGUAUAAUGCAGGAUGUUCAGCUGGUCGUCAUGCCUCAAGGCUACAUCUCCCAGUGUCCAGACCUCAACCGCACUUGCCCCACCUGCAAUGACUUCCAUGGGCUGGUGCAGAAGAUCAUGGAGCUGCAGGAUGUCUUAGCCAAGACCUCCAGCAAGCUGUCGCGUGCAGAGGAGAAGAUGCAGGGUUUGGAUGGCUGUUACUGUGAGAGGAGCUGCAGUAUGAAUGGAGAGCUGUACAGGGAGGAUGAGGGAUGGACAGACGGAUGCAGGAACUGUUCCUGCUAUAAUGGUACAGUCCAGUGUGAGACCAUCUUGUGCCCCCCUCCCCAGUGUCCCCCUGACUCCGCCCCUGCCUAUGUGCCAGGCACGUGCUGCAAAGAGUGUCAGCCUGUGUGUCUGUUCAGAGGAAGGGUGUACGUGGAAGGGGACUUGAAGAGUGUGAGGGAUUCAUCUGGAAACUGUUUACUGUUUGAGUGUCAGGAGCACAGUAUGCAGAGGGUGGAGAACGCUCCCUGUCCUGAACUGACCUGCCCCGAGUCUGAACACAUCACCCUUACAGACCGCUGCUGCAAAGUCUGCAGAGGUCAUCAUUUCUGUGUGGAGGGCCACAGUCCCAGCUGUGUGGAGAACUCAGAAUGUGUGAACCUGGAGGCUGGGUCCUGCUGCAGCUGUAAAGAUGGCUACCGCGCCCUGAGGGAUGACAGCGCGUACUGUGGAGAUAUUGAUGAGUGUGCUGAGGGAAAGCACUACUGCAGAGAGAACACCAUGUGUGUCAAUACUCCAGGAUCCUUCAUGUGCAUCUGCCACACUGGAUACAUCCGGAUCGAUGACUAUUCCUGCACAGAACGUGAUGAGUGUACGACAGGUCUUCACAGCUGUGAUGAGAAUGCCAUCUGUUUCAACAGUGGGGGCCACAGCUGCUCCUGUAAACCAGGCUAUGUAGGCAACGGGACAGUCUGCAGAGCUUUGUGUGAUGGUUUGUGCCAGAACGGAGGAUCUUGUGUAAACCCGGACACCUGUAUCUGUCAACAGGGGUUCACUGGGAAGAGAUGUGAGACAGACAUUGAUGAGUGUACCGAUGGCUUCGUGGAGUGUGACAGCAGAGCCAUCUGUGUUAACCUGCCUGGCUGGUACCACUGUGAGUGUCGGGACGGCUACCAUGACAACGGGAUGUUCUCAGCCAAUGGGGAGUCCUGUGAAGAUAUAGAUGAGUGUGCGACAGAAAGACACAGCUGUGCUAACGAUACGGUGUGUUUCAACGUGGACGGAGGCUACGACUGCAGGUGCCCUCACGGCAAGAACUGCACCGGGGACUGUAACCAUGACAACAAGCACAAACACAACGGGCAGAUCUGGGUGCUGGACAAUGACAGGUGCUCCGUCUGCUCCUGCCAGUCUGGUCUGGUGAUGUGUCGUAGGAUGGUGUGUGACUGUGAGUCCACCACAGCCGACCUGUUCUGCUGUCCAGAGUGUAACCCCGGCCUCAGCAGCCAGUGUCUGCACCAGAACAGACUCAUUACAUACAGCAGUGGAGACACCUGGGUGGAGAACUGCCAGCAGUGCCAGUGUAUGAGUGGAGAGGUGGACUGCUGGCCCAUGUCCUGCCCUCCAGUGGUGGACUGUGAGUUUACCCAGGUGCCCGAGGGGCAGUGCUGCCCGCGCUGCAUUACCGACCCCUGCCAGGCUGACACCGUCCGUAACGACAUCACCAAGACGUGUGUAGACGAGAACGGACUGACGCGCUUCAGCGGAGCCGCCUGGACCAAACACAGAACAGAAUGCACCCUCUGCCAGUGCAAGAACGGACAUGUCUGUUGUUCAGUGGACCCCCUGUGCCUUUAGUCUGGCUCAGACAGAAAGAUAGUGAGAGCGAGCUCUACAAGGCAUCUAUCUUUGUACAGUCUCACCUUUAAUAAGAACUGAAACCCCUCCCCCAAACCUUCAACAUCUUUAUACCAAAUACCACCUGAACCCACCGUUCCAAGUGGAUGGAUGGCCUGCCGGCCCAACUCCAACCCUUGGUACCCAUCGACAGACUAUUGGAUGGUAACUAUUGGAUGGUAUUGGAUGUUGUGAAAUAAAGUCUUCUGAUUGUGUAAAGAAACCUAAAGAAGUAUCUGUAUUCAGUGUUCACCUCUUUCUGCCCGUCUUUCACUUUGUAAAGGAAAGGGACCUUGGUAUUUGUGAAAAGUAAUGUUCUGGACUUUCUCCACUCCUUUUCUGUGUACAUUCAGUUGUGUUGUUUGGUUCUGUAUUAUGGACUGUUUGUUCAGGGUUUAAUUGAAUUUAUUUGAUGGCUUGGUAUCGUGUAUUGAUGAAAUAAAGAUGUCCAUUGAAAAGGGGGACUGGUUUUCCCUCUCUGUA